AUGACACCACGAAAUCGUUCCCUGACAGGGUGUGGCACAUGCCGGCUACGACGCCUGAAGUGUGACGAAGCUCGGCCAGGUUGCCAACUGUGUCGCAUAUUCGGGGUGCCGUGUCCUGGUUACCAAGGUCAAUUGCAAUGGACCCAGCAAAACGAUGACGAACCUUUGGACCGUGUCUUCAGACGACCGUUAUUCUCAGAGCCCAAGCAAUUCGCGAAAUGUUUGCUCAGCUGUGCAGAGGUCGAACAAGAGACCAUGUCCCAAAAGAUCACAGACAGCCUUGAACGCCAGAGUGUGAAUGCAGCUCUCGAAAUGGUUGACUGUCAACCUCACCCCCCAGGCGCCGUCCAGCUGCAGAAUUUCUCACAGGGACCAUUUGGCGUUUUGAACCUUUCAACUGAUAAGAGCCCGCUCAUCGGGAGCAUGGAAUCGAACCCAAGUUCAGCCACAGCGGCAAGCCCCCGAAAUGUGAUGCCAUCUCCAAUCCUGGCGGUCUCUCAACUUGAAAAUCCUUCUCCUGAACUUUCGACACCAGCACCAUUCCCCCUAGGAACCGAUAAUUCGCCGGAUCGAACCUCAAAUCUUGAAAGAACGUCCGCAGGCUAUUCUUACAGCACCCCGGAAGAAUUUAUCUCGACAAUCAGUUCUUUGUUUACAAGUCCUCCACUGAUCGCUCCGCUUACCACGAGUAUUCCCAAAAAACCUCACUUGAUACCCCAGAGAGCGCCUCAUCUUAUCCGUUAUUUCAGCCAUCACGUUCGCUCUAUGUCGUAUCCUCUCAAGGGUCGAAAACUGUGCCCCUGGCAGACGAUCCAUCUUCCUAGAGCCGAGCAAGCUUAUGCAGAGCUUUUAGUUCACGGUGUUGCCAGUCAUACUGGGCUUGCUCUGUUUUACUCCCUCCUGGCUGCGAGCUGUUUCCAACUCUUCACGACAGAAGAUCACAGCCUUGAUUACGAAACGGAAGGCAAUGAAUACAUGCAGCUCUCGAAUUAUCACCUGGAGAAGAGCAUUAGGCAGGAAGUCAACUGCCUGGGGAAAAUAAAAUACAAGGAGCUUUUGUUAGCUCUGUUGUCAAUGGUGAUGCUUGAGAUCCGCUGUGGAAAUUACACCAAGGCCCAGAACCUCCUGGUGGAAUCCGAAUGUCUGAUUCGAAAACGAGGCUUACCGAAAGCCCAUAAGUCCCUCAAAGUUCGCACCCUGCAUCACAUUUACGCUUUCACACGCAUAAUGGCCGAAAGCACCUGUGGGUGUGCUCUUAUGGAAAUAUGUCCUACGCGACCCAGCAUCAGACUGGCUUCAAACGAAGCAGCCCUCGGUUUGCCGCGGAGUUUCCGAGUGGCAGAAGAGAGCACGAUUUCCGAUUUGGAUGCAACACUCGAAAAGUCGUCCCAUGUCGGGAUCGGUGACAUUCAUCUGGAGAUACUGGGAGUCUGGAAAGAAUCACUCUUCCCAGAGAUUUACGGUCUGCCAGAGUCUUUGAUCGGCCUGUUAUCCCAGACUGUCAGACUCGCAAACGAGCAAGAGCUUCUUCAUCGGGAUACCACCGUUGAUGUUGAUCUUGUCUUGAACUUGAACAAGCGAACAAAGACACUUGAGCAUCAGGUCCUUUCUUGGAAGCCUGACAGCAAACCUCCACGCUCUCGACUUGAUCCAAUAAUGAGAAACUCGCCACACAUGGAGACGAUUGAAGAACGUUAUUUGAGCUUGGCUGUACAUCAUGCCCUGAUCCUCUUUUACUAUCGACGCAUGCACAACAUGAAUGCUUUGAUUCUACAGGACACAGUGCGUAAGGUGCUUGGAUUUAUCAGACAAGCCGAGGAAUCUUGUGGACCAAGUGACAAUGUGCGAGUCAUGUUGCUUUGGUCCGCAUUUAUCGCAGGGUGCGAAGCCCUUGAGUCGGAAUUGCAAACUGGCCUAAUGGACUGGAUCUCCUCCACUGGAAGUCGUUUUUCGAUCCCCGCCUUUACAGCUGCUGCCAAUGUUGUUGAGAGGGUAUGGAAAGCACGGAAAGAUGGGAUGGACUACACUAUCAGUUGGUUCAAUGUGAUGGAAAAUGAUCGCUGCCCUAUCCUUGCAGUUUGA